AUACAUCUAUUUUGCUUAAAAUGAGUAAAUUUUACUCAAACCAAAUAGCAAUCCUUUCGCAGAAAUUCGACCACCGUACAGAUCGUCUCUGCAGCUGGAGCUCGACCGAUCGAGAAGAGGGGAGGCAAAACUAAACCGCAUCUGGCAACGUCGAUUUUUUAUCGGGCACCUUCGCUGAAGGAAGGUAAAGCAAGAUUCUAGUUGGAGAGAGAGACUCAUUGAUUCAACCACACGUACGCACACCGUUGAAUGUGUGAGUCACCGGCAUUGAGUACACUUCUACUUAUACGAGCGCAGACUCUUUCCUGUCUGUCUGCUUCGCGCGACUCAACGCCAAGCGCCGAAGAGUCAGUGUGCAACGUGCCGCCGACUCGUUCAUUUCAACGAACAAGUCGUUCGUGGUCGCCCUGACUGAGAAACUAGAAAGGUGACCCAGCUCGAGGACACGAUCCGAACGACGGGUUAGAAACUGAGAUUCUCCGGUUUCUAUAAAUGGAAGAAGUCUUCUUCGUGGCCGCAGAUACGCCGAAGAAAUUGCAUUGAUACGAUCGAGGGAGGGAGAGUCAAACGAGAUAAACAAUGGAGAUUCUUGGGAUAAAAUUUGCGCCGUUUAACGUGCCGUUGAAACGGCGACUGGAAACACUUUCCGUUACAGUUUGGGUCGUUCUAAUAAUAACCGGCAACUUUCUCGGCUAUGUACUCGCCGGCUACCUGCUUCUUUACACAGAGUACGUGCGAUACCUUAUGCCGAUCUAUUUUCUUUAUAUGUACUACGACUGGGACACGUGCAACAAAGGCGGUAGAAGUGAAAGGUGGUGCAAGUGGCUGAGGAACUCCGCAUGGAUGCGCAACUACUGCGAUUACUUCCCGUUGAAAUUGGUAAAGACUACCGAUUUGGAUCCGACGCGAAACUACUUGUUUUGCAGUGUCCCGCACGGGAUUAUGUCCUCAGGCAUCUGCGGCGCGUUUAGCUCGGACUUCCUCGGCUGCAAACAGUUGUUCCCGGGACUCGAAAUACGGGUCGUGAUCCUGGAUCAACAUUUCAAGGUCCCGUUCUUCCGCGAGUAUGCUUAUAUGAACGGUGCUGUGAGCAGCUCCUCGGAGAGUUUGAACUAUCAGCUAUCGACGAAACCUCCUGCGCCGUACACGGGCAAGAUAACGAUUCUGAUCGUCGGAGGAGCAUCGGAAUCGUUGGAGUGUCAACCGGGCACGUAUCGCACCCUGGUAAAAAAGCGAAAAGGCUUCAUAAAGCUGGCACUGAAGCAUGGGACUCCCUUAGUGCCUGUUAUUCCGUUUGGGGAAACGGAUCUGUACGACCAGUUUUACAGACCUGAGGGGACGUCCUUCAGAAAGUUUCAGCACUAUGUUCGUAAGAUAAUCGGUCUGGCACCGGUUGUCCUGAAGGGACGUGGACUUUUUCAAUACUCCUUCGGAGUAGCCCCGCAUCGGAGGCCUAUCACCGUUGUCGUCGGCAGUCCUCUGGACGUACCAAAGGUAGAGGAACCGACGAGAGAACAGAUCGACGAGUACCACGAGAAGUUCAUCAAACACACGAUAGAUCUGUUCGAAACUCAGAAGCACAAAUACAUAAAAAACGCGGAAUCGGUGAAAAUGGAGCUACUGUCGUGAUACGAAUCGCAAAACAAUUACAAAUUGUAAAGGGUUGAAGCGUUAGAAGAGAAAUAAAUUACUUACUAGAUA